AUGGCAGCUGUACCCGAGAUUCCUAAGAAGGCGAAGGCUAUCAUUUACGACAACCCCGGCACUGUCUCUACCAAGGUCGUCGAAGUGGAUGUGCCUGAGCCCGGUGAUAAUGAAGUCCUGAUUAAUCUCACACACUCCGGCGUGUGCCACUCGGACUUUGGCAUCAUGACCAACACGUGGAAAAUGCUACCAUACCCUACCCAGCCCGGGCAAGUUGGUGGCCACGAGGGAGUCGGAAAGGUCGUGAAGCUCGGCGCUGGCGCCGAAGCAUCAGGCCUGAAGAUCGGAGACAGAGUCGGUAUCAAGUGGAUUUCCAGCGCCUGCGGGCAGUGCCCCCCCUGCCAGGACGGCGCCGACGGUCUCUGCUUCAACCAGAAAGUAUCAGGCUACUACACGCCCGGAACAUUCCAGCAAUACGUCCUCGGCCCAGCCCAAUACGUCACCCCAAUCCCAGACGGCCUCUCCUCAGCCGAAGCCGCGCCCCUCCUCUGCGCAGGCGUUACAGUCUACGCCUCCCUCAAACGCAGCAAAGCCCAACCAGGCCAAUGGAUCGUGAUCUCCGGCGCAGGCGGCGGACUAGGCCACUUGGCCGUCCAGAUCGCCAGCAAGGGCAUGGGUCUACGCGUGAUUGGCGUCGACCACGGGAGCAAAGAAGCACUGGUCAAAGCCUCGGGCGCCGAACACUUCGUGGACAUCACCAAGUUCCCCACAGACGAUAACUUCGCCGCUAUCUCGUCGCACGUCAAAGCGCUCACUACGAAGGGUUUAGGUGCCCACGCAGUCGUCGUCUGUACAGCGUCGAAUGUCGCUUACGCCCAGUCAUUGCUCUUCCUCCGGUACAACGGCACACUCGUUUGCGUGGGCAUUCCCGAGAACGAGCCGAAGGCUAUAGCUACUGCGUUCCCUAGCAAGUUUAUACAGCAGCAUAUACACAUCACGGGGUCGGCGGUGGGCAAUCGGACGGAGGCGAUUGAGACCAUGGAAUUUGCAGCUAGGGGUGUGAUCAAGACUCAUUAUCGGGAGGAGAAGAUGGAGGCUCUGACGGAAGUGUUUAAAGAGAUGGAGGAGGGUAAGUUGCAGGGGCGGGUUGUUCUUGAUCUUUCUUAG